GCUGUAUUCUAAGUGCAAUAACGUCUUGAAAAGAAGAACAGAGUUAACAAAAACAUGGCAUUGGUUUCAGCAGCUCCAUACUUGGCUUUACUAAGUGAACAAGAUUCUAGCUUGAAGCAAUAUGCUUUAACAUCCCUUAAUGAAGUCGUUGAUCAAUUAUGGGUUGAAAUUGCCAAUAACAUCACUGACUUGGAAGAUUUAUAUGAAGAUGAAUCAUUUGAAAAAAGAUCAUUGGCAGCAUUAGUCAUAUCAAAAGUUUACUACAACUUGGGAGAUUUUGAAGCUUCAGUCAAAUAUUCCCUUUUCGCUGGUAAUGAAUUCAAUAUUGAAGAACAAUCUCAAUAUAUAGAAACUAUUGUUUCUCAAUGUAUUAAUCUUUAUAAUUCAUUAUCUACUAAAAAAUUUAAUGGUGAAUCAGUAGAAAUUGAUCCAAGAUUAACUGGUAUCUUUGAAAGAAUGUUGGAUAAAUGUAUUAAAGCAAAUGAAUUUAAAUUGGCAUUAGGUAUAUCUUUAGAAAGUUUCAGAUUAGAUAUAGUUGAAUCAAUUUUGAAAAAUCAAAUCUCAACCGAUGAAGAAAAUGCUUUAAAUUUAAUAAAUUACGUCUUGAUUUGUUCAAAUACAGUUAUUGAAAAUACCGCCUUCAGAACUCAAGUUUUAAAUUCCUUAAUUGAUUUAUUAUUAUCUUUACAAAAAAAUCAAGAUUUUUUCACUAUUUUCAAAAUUAUCGUUCAAUUAAAUGAUUCUAAAAUUGCUAUUCAAUUAUUCAAACAAUUAAUUGAAAAAGAUAAAAAAUUAAUUGCCUAUCAAGGAGCUUUUGACUUGGUUAGUACUGCUAAUCAAGAAUUAUUAGAUAAAGUUAUUAAUGAAUUGAAAGACGACGAAUCUUUUAAACCACAGGAUCCAGUUCAAUCGAGAUUAUUAUACAUCUUAAGUGGUGUUCCAACUUGUGAUUUAGAUAUCACUUUCUUAUACAAGAAUAAUAAUACCGAUAUCUCCAUUUUAAAUAAAUCGAAAAACUUGUUAGAAGGCAGAAGCUCAAUCUUCCAUUCUGCUGUUACUUUUUCAAAUGCAUUCAUGCAUGUUGGUACUACUGAUGAUUCUUUCUUCCGUAAAAACUUGGAAUGGUUAGGUAAAGCAACCAAUUGGUCCAAAUUUUCUGCCACUGCAGCUUUAGGGGUUAUUCAUAAAGGUAAUUUAUCUCAAGGUCGUAAUAUCUUAAAACCUUAUUUACCAGGCUCUUCUGGUGCUCCUCACACUAAUGGUGGUUCUCUUUUCGCUCUUGGUUUAAUCUUCACUGGUCACGGGAGAGAAAUUAUUGAUUAUUUGAAACAAUUCAUUGAUGAACAUGGUAAUUCUGCUGGUUCUACUGAUACUGAUGUUAUGUUACAUGGUGCUUGUCUUGGUGCGGGUGUUGCUGGUAUGGCUUCUAAUUCAGAAAGUCUUUAUGAAGCUUUGAAAGUUGUUUUAUAUUCUGAUUCAGCAAUUUCUGGUCAAGCUGCUGGUUUAGCUAUGGGUUUGGUGAUGUUGGGUUCUGGUAAUGAAAGCGCUAUUAAUGAUAUGUUAACUUAUGCUCAAGAAACUCAACAUGAAACCAUUAUUCGUGGUUUAGCAAUUGGUAUCGCAUUAUUAUGUUAUGGAAGAGAAGAGUCUUCGGAAUCUGUCAUUGAUCAAUUAUUAACUCAAGAAAAUUCCAUCUUAAGAUACGGUGGUGUUUUCACUGUUGCUUUGGCUUAUGCUGGUACUGGUAAUAAUGGCGCCAUUAAAAAAUUACUACACUUUGCUGUAUCUGAUCCUUCUGAUGAUGUUAGAAGAGCAUCCGUGAUGGGUUUGGGUCUUGUUUUAAUCCGUGACUAUACUGCAGCCCCUCAAAUUGUUGAAUUAUUAGCAGAAUCACAUAACCCUCAUGUUCGUUACGGUACCGCCAUGGCUUUAGGUAUUGCAUGCGCUGGUAGAGCCUUACCUGCCGCCAUUGAAGUUUUAGAACCUUUAACUAAGGAUCCUGUUGACUUUGUAAGACAAGGUGCUUUACAAGCCAGUGCUAUGAUUUUAAUACAACAAACUGAAAAACUUAAUCCUAAAGUUAAAUCAUUCAACAAAUUAUACGCCGACACCGUUAAAAAUAAACAUGAAGAUGCAUUAGCUAAAUUUGGUGCUACUUUGGCUCAAGGUAUUAUCGAUGCAGGUGGUCGUAAUGUCACUAUUAAUGUUGAAAAUGCACAAACUAACACUUUGAAUGUUAAAGCUAUAGUUGGUUUAACUUUAUUUGCUCAAUCAUGGUACUGGUUCCCAUUGGCACAUUUCUUAUCAUUAUCAUUUACUCCUACUGUCCUCAUUGGUGUUAAAGAAGAUUUGAAAGCGCCACAAUUUGAAAUUAAUGUUCAUACCAAACCUGAAUUAUUCCAAUAUCCACCUAAAGUUGAAGAAUCCAAAGAAAAGCAACCAGAUAAAAUUGCUACUGCUGUUUUAUCUACAACUGCUAAGGCCAAAGCAAGAGCUAAGAAAUCACAAGCCAAGAAACAAGAAGAAGAUGGUAGUGAUAAAAUGGAAGUUGAAAAGGAAGCUUCCGAACAACCUACCAAACAGGACGAUAAUAAUAAAGAGAAAGAAGUUAAAGAUGAAGAUAAAAACCUUGAUCAAUCGAAUCAAGUUCGUUACAGUAAAACCCCUUAUAAAAUAAAUAACUUAUCGAGAAUCUUACCCGCACAAUCAAAUUAUGUGUCUUUUAUCAAUGAUAGAUUUGUCCCAGUAAGAAGAUUUAGAGGCAGUGGUGGUAUUAUUGUUUUAGAAGAUACUAAACCAGAUGAAAAAGUUGAAGUUAUCAAAACCGUUAGACAAUUAAAUAUCACCGAAGCACCAAUGCCUGAACCAUUCAUAUUAUCAGGUGAAGAUUUAGAAGAUGAUGAAUAA